AUGGAAGUGAAAGGUGGAAAAGGCUCUGUUAAAAAUCCCAGGUACCCAAAAAAGCCCACUGUAAUGAACCGCGCCGCAGGAGAAGCAAGCUUUCAAAUGGUGCCGACGGCAGCACAGCUCAUGCUCCACCGCCACAUACAUAGUACUCCUCAACCACCGCCAAUGUCUGGUGGUUCACAACAGCAGCCGCCGCAGAAGCUGAAGACCGUUUCUGAAAUGAAGGCAUUAGUCCAGAAGUGGUUUUCAGAGAGGUCCAAGACUAGGAGCUGCAAGACUCCGCUGAAGAGCGUCCCAGAUAUUCUUGAACUCAGCAACUGUUAA